UUAUUAAUAUGGAAAAGGAGAGAAAGGAAUCUUACUAUUUCUAUUUCGAAUUUGCCAAAUCCUUAUGGAUUUCCCCAAGGAUGGAUAGCUGUAAUGAAGUUAACAUCCUUGAACUGAAUCUGAACUUGUACCCUGCCCUGGUAUUGGAACCACUGUAAUUUGUCACGAUGAUAAGAGAUGUAACUACUUUCAUUGUUAUGAUGACACAGAUACAACCCAAUCAUUGUAAUGAAACACAUGAGAAACCAUGGUAGUUAUGGACUCGUAACAACCAUGAUUGUUAUUAUUACCAAAGGCCACAAGGAAUGCUAAUCUGUGGAGAAAAAUGGUGUGUGUAAAGUUAACUUUAGGUGAAAGAGUGCCAGUAACAAGAUUUGUAUGCUCCAGGCUUUACAAGUUUUUAUUACUGUGUUUGGUCUCUAGUACUUUCGGUUAUGAUGAUGUACUUGCAGAGGGGUCUAAUAAUGGAACGGUGGAGCUAGGAUCUGUUCUCAGACCUUCAGAGCAGCUCAUGCUGUGGUACUCUACUGAGAGAAAGUUCGGUUUGGGUUUUCAUCCAAGUGGAAAUGAUGGACUGUAUGUAUUGGGCAUUGCAUAUAGUGACAUUAAGGACCCAGCACUGGUGUGGAGUGCAGGUAGUGGUAUCCAGAUUGGUGUGCAGAGUUCCUUCCGUUUAGAUAACAAUGGGAACCUUGUACUGCAGGAUGAAAUUGGCAGAGUGCUUUGGCAAAGCAAUACAGGGAAUUCCGGUGUGGUAUCUGCUGUUUUGGAGGACAAUGGUAACUUUGUACUGAAGAAUGGGAAUUCUACUGUUGUCUGGGAUACUUUCACAAACCCCACAGAUACCCUUUUGGUUGGUCAGAAGUUGGCUGUGGGAAGAAGGCUGGAGUUGUAUCCCUAUUCAUUUUCCUUGGAACCAUAUGGUAAUCUCACACUCAAAUGGAAGGGCAACAUCACGUAUUGGAAUGUGGGCGCUUCAGAAUCUUCAAAGACACUUACUGCAUCUCUCAGUAAUGAAGGAUUGUUCGCCAUCUCCAAUUCAUCAGGUGCUCAGCUCUGGGUUACUCGGAGCAGCGACUACACUGACAAUUCUACCACCUUGCGAAGAAUCAAGCUGGAUCCUGAUGGAAACCUGCGGUCAUAUGGGUGGCAUGAAAAUUCCCAAUCAUGGCAUGUAGGAUGGAGUGCAGUGGAAGACCAAUGCCUGGUGUAUGGGUGGUGUGGGAACUUUGGAAUGUGUGUUUACAAUGAUACAGGGCCAACUUGCACAUGCCCAUCUGCAAAUUUUGUUGCGGUUGAUCCAAAAGACCCACAGCAAGGGUGCAAAAGAGAACCAGACAUUGACAUUCAAGAGUGUAGCAACAACCAGAGCAUGCUGGAAUUAGAACAUACUGAAUUCUUGUCGUAUCCCCCAGAGUCAGAUGACUUCUAUGGAGGAAUUUCGGAUUGUGAGGAAAACUGUGCCAAGAGUGGGAGCUGCAUUGCAGCUACAAUUUUAAAUGAUGGUUCAGGUAUGUGCCGCUUUAAGACAACAAAUUUCACCAGCGCUUACCAAUCAAUAACAAUUCCAAGCACUUCUUAUAUAAAGGUUUGUGGAGAACCACAACGUGUGCCGUCUUCUACAAUGCCUGUUGCCCCUUCCUCAAGGUCAAUCAAAGUCUCUGUGGCUGGCAUUGUAGUUGCAGUUGUGGGUACUCUCUUAUUCCUUGCAAUCAUUGAGACAGCCAUUUGGUGGUUCUUCUGUAGAAAUAAUUCUGGAGGAUUAUCAGCCCAAUACACACUUCUAGAUUAUGCUUCUGGGGCUCCAGUUCAGUUUUCUUAUGAGGAACUUAAGCGAUCAACAAAAAAUUUCAAGGAGAAGGUGGGAUCAGGUGGGUUUGGAACAGUAUACAAGGGUACAAUGCCUAAUAGGAGCUUAGUUGCAGUUAAAAAGUUAGAAGGAAUUGAGCAAGGGGACAAGCAAUUUCGCAUGGAGGUGGCAACAAUAAGCAGCACCCAUCACUUAAACUUGGUCAGGCUGAUUGGAUUUUGCUCAGAAGGACGUCAUAGAUUGCUAGUAUAUGAAUUUAUGAAAAACACUUCUUUGGAUGUUUUUCUUUUUCCAUCUUCCGAGAAAUCCCGGAUAUUAGAUUGGGAAACUCGGCUCAAUAUAGCUCUUGGCACUGCAAGAGGAAUUGCAUAUUUGCAUGAAGAAUGCAGAGAUUGCAUUAUCCAUUGUGAUAUAAAACCAGAGAACAUACUUCUAGAUGAUAAUUUGAAUGCCAAGGUAUCUGAUUUUGGGCUUGCUAAGCUCAAUAAUGUAAGAGAUCAUCGAAACCAUACAUUGAAUAGCAUUCGGGGAACUAGAGGGUACUUGGCUCCAGAGUGGCUUGCUAAUUUGCCAAUUACUUCUAAAUCUGAUGUUUUCAGCUAUGGUAUGGUUUUGCUGGAAAUUAUAAGUGGUAAAAGGAACUUUGAUAUCUCUGUUACCUCAGGAAGGAGGAAGUUUUCCACUUGGGCAUUUGACGAAUUUGAAAAGGGUAAUAUCUUGAACAUCAUUGAUGAGAAGCUUGGUGGUCAAAUCAAUGCAGAACAAGUGGAGAGAGCAAUCCAAGUUAGUUUUUGGUGCAUACAAGAGCAGCCCUCCCAGCGACCAUCCAUGGGGAAGGUUGUUAAGAUGUUAGAGGGUCUUUUGCCUAUUGAAAAACCACCUGCACCUAAACCUUUUGAAGGACUUCAGAGCAGUGCCAGUAUUAAUUGCAGUGUUAGUGCUAGUGGUAGCAUGGUAUCAGUGCUUGCAGCUUCUGCUCCUCCAGCAUCUUCCUCAUCCUCAGCAGAUGUGUUUCUGUCCUGAUCUCCACGGAGGAAUAUUAUCUUUGCAGGAUUGAGUAAUACCCCAACAGCAAUACAGGAUUUUCCGUCAUUCAAUUGAAGGCUCCGCUACUUUGAAAUUUCCAUGUCAACUUACCGGCGUUCUUUUCCACUUCACUCUUGAUAUCAAACCCUGGCUCCCUUUUCAAUGUAAGACAAGUUUCUUCAAUGAGCAUGCUCUCAGGAAUAAUUCCAGGAGAAUCAAUUUCAUAAAGAACAAACACCAUCUUCUGUUCUGGCAACUUUUAAGUUUGCUCUGGCAUUGCCACACAUGGUCAGAAGCAUUUCUUUAUCAUCUCCCUUUGAUAAAGCAUAUCUUCCAAGCUAUUAACAAUUGAUGGGAGAAUGCAGCAUAUGCUCCUCCUGGGUUGAGCAUUGAAGAGACAUUUUGAUUUAUACACCAGCCUUAUCUAGGCGGGCAACUUCUUGUUCCACGUCUUUACCAAAGUAUACAAUUUCCUUUGACUUAAGAGAACACUGAACAUAUGCAUAUUUACAACAUGUGGCUCCUUUUGAAGCAGAUUAUGAACUCCAGGUGUAUUACUCUUUUGUUGAAGGCUUUUUUAGCAUUUUCUUGUUGAAAAGCUGCUUUCCAUCUCUUCUGUCGCAUACAACUAUGGGAAUUAAAAAUGGGCUUUGUUGAACUGUGCACGAGUCUCCAUCUUUGCUACAACAUUUGGAAAGCCUCAAAAUGGGAUCAUCAUUUAAUUUAAGGUUUUCUGUGAAGGAGAUUAUAAGUAAAUCUUAUUACCUUUUUAUACAAAAUUUUCUGAGCCAUAUUCUCAGCGUAAUUUAUGUAUAUAUUAAAUGAAGACUAAUCUCAAACAAAGGGCCACAUCCAGAGGCUAUUAGAUUGAUAAUUCUAGCAAGAUAUCUCAUAUUCUUGCUUUUG